UAAAUGAUAUGGAGCAUCCCAUUAUAUCUUUAUAUAUAGGUUGGUUACCAUAUGCAGUGAAUUCAUCGAAACCUACUUUCGCAGUCGCAAAUGCGCAAUUUGACUCUCGCGCGGCUUGCUUUAUGACAAUAUUUACAAGAGCAGGUUUCGGGCUAAUUAAUUAAACAAAUGCAAUCUUGUUUAUUUUGUUGAAAUGAAAAGGGUCUCUGACUUGGCUAGUUAUUCCUUCCAGUUAAUUAUGCGGUUUACGAGUCUGUUUUGUUUCACAUAAUUAACCUUGCUUGAUCUCGAAUCUUUGACGUUGAUCAACAUUGUUGACUUGAUCGUCAUUGAUACAGUGCGAGCUGUACGGGACCUACAUUCGUGAUGUAUUUACAGUGACCUACUGCAUGAAGUAAAUCAGAAAUCAAAAAGGUCGGAAAUAUCUUUUUAUCACCUCCUGUGAAGAUCAUUAUAUAACUGAGAUGUUGAGGACAAAGUUUACUUAGCAGUGUUGAUGCGAGCAGAAUGAUGCGAGAAUUUUAACAGAGAUAGUGACGGCAGCAGUGGAACGGAAGGUUAAACACCACUGACGAACCACUCCGACCAGUUUUCAGUCUUAUCGAGUUGUUGGAGGAGUGCGGACACGAAGUUUCCACCACGUCACAAUGUCAUUGCGAAAAGUUAAUGAAGAUUUGGCAAGAGAAAGAAGAAAUUGUACCUUUGAUCCUACUGAACUAACGUAUCUUCUCGAUGGCGGAGAAGAAAAAACGAAAGAAAGAAGAGAUCGAGAGAAAUUUUUUCUUUCGGAUCCCAAUUUGAAAGAUACGGUGCCAGCAGAAUAUUUAAGUCACAAAGAAAAAUACGAAAAUGCCGUGAAAAAAGCCUGUUAUUUGUUUACAAAAGUCAAACAAAUGCAAGGAGAAGGUUCUGCAAUGGAGGGUUAUCGGCAAGUUUUGGGUGGAACUUUGGGAAGUGCAAUUUUAAAAGAUGGUAAUCCUUUCACUCUUCACUAUGUCAUGUUUAUACCCACAAUAAUGGGGCAAGGAAAUUAUGAACAACAAAUUCAUUGGAUUGGAAGAGCCUGGAAUCUUGACAUGAUUGGAACAUAUGCUCAGACCGAAUUAGGACAUGGAACUUUUGUCAGAGGUCUUGAAACAACAGCUCAUUAUGAUCCUCGAACACAGGAAUUUAUAAUAAAUAGUCCAACUCUCACCUCAUACAAAUGGUGGCCCGUGGGUCACACAGCAAAUUAUGCUGUAGUUGUUGCUCAGCUUCAUACGCAAGGUAAAAGCCAUGGAAUUCAUCCCUUCAUUGUGCAAAUUCGUGAUGAGAAAAGUGUAAAAGUCGGUGAAAUCGGAACAAAAUUAGGAAUGAACGCAACAAACAAUGGAUAUUUGGGUUUUGAUCAUGUACGAAUUCCUCGUGAAAACAUGCUAAUGAAAAAUGCCCAAGUUUUGGAGGAUGGAACAUAUGUCAAAUCACCUAGGGAUAAAUUGGCCUAUGGUACUAUGGUUUUUGUACGAGUAGUUCUUAUUCAAGAUGUAGCAUCAUAUUUGUGUAAAGCUGUGACAAUUGCUACAAGAUACAGUGCUGUUCGAAGACAGUCGGAAUUAAAACCCGGUCAACCAGAACCUCAAAUUAUAGAGUAUAAAACUCAGCAAUUCAAAUUGCUUCCAAAUAUUGCUGCCUGCUUUGCUUUUAAGUUUUCUGCUGCAUGGCUAUGGGAUAUGUAUAAUAAUGUUGCAGAAGAAUUAGAUGAAAAAAAUUUUGAACAUCUUCCUGAACUCCAUGCCAUCUCCUGUUGUUUGAAAGCAGUAUGUACUGCAGAUGGUACUGCAGGUGUGGAAACUUGUCGAUUGGCUUGUGGUGGACAUGGAUAUAUGACUUGUAGCAAUUUGCCAAGCACUUAUGGCUUGAUAACAGCAACCUGCACUUAUGAAGCUUGGGAACAGGUUUCUCGAGGUGAACCACUAACUCCUACAGUUUCUUACCUGAAAACAGCAGGAAUCAAAACUGAUGAGAAGUGGGAGAACACCUUAGGCCAUGUAAUUAAAGCUUUUAAACAAGUAGCUGCAGGAAAAAUUAGAACCAGUGCUCAGAAUAUGGACAGGAGAGUUAGAAAUGGUUAUAGCCAAGAAGAUGCUUGGAAUAUGACUUCAAUUGAACUUGCCCAUUGUUCUGAAGCACAUUGUCGUGCCUUUAUUGUAGAGAAGUUUGUGGAAAGCGUGGAAGCACUGACUGUGUCACCCCCUCUGAGAGCUGUUUUGACACAGUUAUGUGAGCUCUAUGCAGUCUAUUGGUUGCUCAAAAAGUCUGGUGACUUUUUGCAGUAUUCAUUUAUCACUCCAGAAGAUAUUGAAGGCAUCCAAUUGUGGUUGGAAAUUCUUCUGGAAAGACUCCGUCCAAAUGCUGUUGGCAUAGUUGAUGGAUUUGACCUAUGUGAUGAGAUUCUCUCAUCUGCUUUAGGUGCUUGGGAUGGCCAGGUGUACGAAAGGUUAUUCGAAGAGGCUCUAAAAAGUCCAUUGAAUUCAAUACCUGUUAAUUCAUCUUUUCAUAAAUAUAUGAAGCCGUUUUUCAAGUCCAGUCUAUAAAUUCGUCUUUAAGAAAUUAAAUCUCUUGUGGUGAAUUUAACCAGAGAUAUUUAAUUAUUCUUAAAUAAUCAAGUCUCAAAUAUAUUAAAUGAUAUUUCCUUUUUCUUGAUGGAAAGUGUUUGAACUAAAGCAUUUCUCUGUAAAAUUACCUCACUACAGUUAUAAUUAUAAUUGUGAUAUCAGUUUAUGGACAUUUGUGAAUUAUUUAAGAGAAUAUUAAGAAUAAUUAUUUAAGAAUGCUGUAAGAAAUGGUCAUUGCCAGUAUCAUUACAAAGACAAUCAUGUUAUUCUCUUUUUUCUUUGGCCACCAAUAGAAAUUUCAGUUCCUUGGGAAGCAGGGAAAAAAGAGUUUGCAUAUCAUUGGACACAAACCAGAUGUUUUCAAAUAAAAGAUGGUGAAUUUUUGUUUGGAAUAUUAUUGAAUUUAAACUUACAAAUGUUUCACUUUUAGUGAAGUUAGUUUUUGAAAACUAAUUGGCAUCAAAAUAUCUAGGUUCAAUUUAAAAUAUUUUUUGUAAAUAAUCUGCUGCAAUAAGAACAUAUUGCAACAACACCAAAAAAACACCACUCAUAAACUACUGAUAACUAUUCCUAACAAUUGAAAAAAUGAGUUGUAGUGAAAGAUGGUGUGUGAGGGCUCCUAUCACAGGAGAAAAUUGUUAUUUAAUGAAAUUCUAUUCACAUAAAAUAUCAUAAGUAUUUCUUAUGAAUGUGAAUUUCUGUAAUAGAAGAACAAAAAUUAUUGAAUGACACAUGGCAGUUGACACAAAUAAUGAUCAGAAUGAUUAUUGUCAUGGUUUGUGUUUGGUUAACUUCAACUGCAGCUUUCAUUUACUCUACCAUGGCCUAAUAAUGAUAACUAUAUCAUUUUCUGCAUUUUUUCUGAAAAUUUUGUACAUGUAUACAUUUAGCUAGUGCAUUGCUAUUUCCAUCCUUUCUAAACUCAUAAUGUGAUAGCUCAUAAAUGUCCAUAAAUGUCUUACUGUAUUCUUGUAGUAUCUUUACUGAAGCAACUUGACAGUAUUUCAAAGUUGUCGGUGUUAUAUUAUGAUCGAUAUUCUAUUUUUAACUUAUUAUUGUUGCAUUUUCUUGAAUUUUAAAAUGUUUCCUUUUAGAUAGAUAUAUAAAUAUAUGUACCUAGAUUUAUAAUUAUAUGAACUCUCUAUGUCAUGUUUUAAAGGAAUUGUAUUUUUUAAAUAAGGUUUUUAAUUUAAUUAAAAAAAAGUAGGAUGUACUGAAAUCUUUUACAAAGUCCUAGUCUAAGGGCAAAGCUAAACCAUUGUCACUAGAUAUUCCAGGCCUAUAAUUUAAGUUAGCUCAACCAUAUGUUAUGUGCAAUAAUCAAAGCAUAUCUUCCACAGUUUUGUAUAAAAUGAAAGUAUUAAUAUCAUUAAGGCUGAUGCAAUCAUCGAAAUGGAAUAUAUUUACUGUGUAUGUGUAUUCUAGAGUGUUCGUAUUUGUAUUUCAAUAUAUGAAGGUGUAUGGAAAUAUUGUGAUAUGAUAUAUAAAUACAUUUUAUAUUUUUGUACGUUUUGGACUCUUGGGAAUACAUUUUACAUGAACUUAUGAGUGUUAUUUAAAUCCUGAUGUUUCAAGAGACCCUCACUUUAUAAAUUUUAAUUUUAAAAACCAGAAUUCCAAAAUUUUAGUCCCAGAAAAGUGAAUUUCUGAAGAAACCCCCAAUGUACAUUAUUUUCAUAAUUUUCUCAAUUUUUUCAGUUUUCUAAUAGAACCAAAAUAUUCCUAUAUAUAUUUUUUUUCGUGAGAACAAAUAUAAUAAUAAUGAAACAUGAGACAUCUUUUGAAGUCUUUUUUUAACAAAUGUAAUAGUGUAUACAAAU